UAACAACAGAGAUCAGUUUGUGACUUGAGGCUUGCUUCAUUCUGAAAGACAGAAAGAACAGACAGACAGAAAACAGUUGAAGAUUAAGAGAGAGUGAGGCAGGUUUCUUACUGCGACCGCGAGAUGGAUUUACCCCAGAACAAAGGUGCUGGCUCUCAACAGCCUUCUGCCUGCAAACAAGCACACUUCUUAAGGGAUGUGAUCUUUCACGGGAAAUUUCAGUUCCUGAAGUCUCUCGCUCCUGAGGAGAACACACGAUGCCGGCGGGGUCUGUAUUUCCAGGACGGCAAGAGGCGGGUGGACUACAUCCUCACCUACCACAUCAAGAAGAGCAGCAGCUCCCGGCGGCACACGUCUCGCCUCAGAGACAACGCCUUCACCCGCACCCUGCGGAGGGGUCGAGCGCCGCCUGCGCCCGCAGCCAGAGAGGACGCCGAGGCCGGCUCGCCUGACCUCAGCAUGGACCACCACGAUGACGACAAGUGCUUACGGCGCGAGGAGUUCGAGAGGAACCUGGUGGAGAUGGGCCUGGAGCUGGAGCGGGACGAGGAGACCAAGACCCCUGGGGUGGGCUUUGUGAAGAUUCAUGCUCCGUGGAGCGUUCUCUGUCGAGAGGCUGAAUUCAUGAAACUGAAGAUGCCUACCAAAAAAGUGUAUGAAGUGAAGCACAGCAGUGGCGUAAUGGAAAAGAUCAACGCGUUCAUCAGCAAACUAACAGAUCCUCUUCAUCCAAACUUAGAAGAGAACAGGAUACAGAAAGCGAAGCACCUCUCGUACCCGUUCUCCAGGGAAAAGCAGCAUCUGUUUGAUUUGUCUGACAAAGAUUCCUUUUUUGACAGUAAAACAAGAAGUUCGUUAGUAUUUGAAGUUUUGAAGCGAACCAAGUGCACAAAAGCGAAAUUUAGCAUGGGAAUAACUAGUCUGCUUGGGAGCGGUGUUUAUUUGGCUGCUUAUCCACUACAUGAUGGCGAUGUUGAUGGGGAAAACGCAGAGCCAAAUGACAGAAAGCUGCUGUAUGAAGAGUGGGCCAGCUACAGUGUCUUUUAUAAGUACCAGCCCAUUGGUUUAGUCAGGAAGUACUUCGGAGAGAAGAUCGGUCUGUACUUUGCUUGGCUUGGCGUUUACACCCAGAUGCUGAUCCCUGCUUCCUUAGUCGGGGUCAUUGUGUUCCUCUAUGGAUGUGUUACUGUUGAUGACGACAUUCCCAGUAUGGAGAUCUGUGACCAGCGGAAGAACAUCACCAUGUGUCCGCUGUGUGACCGCGUGUGCAGCUACUGGAACCUGAGCACGGCGUGUGGCACGGCCCGCGCCAGUCACCUGUUCGACAACCCUGCCACCGUCUUCUUCUCCAUCUUCAUGGCGCUGUGGGCGGCGUUCUUCAUGGAGCACUGGAAGAGGCGGCAGAUGCGUCUCAACUACGAGUGGGAUCUCACAGGGUUUGAGGAGGAGGAGGAUCACCCGCGAGCUGAAUAUGAAUUCCGAGUCAUGCAGAAAUCGCUGAAGAAAGACCAUAAAUCACAGCCAGAGAAAGAAAAGCUUACAUGCAGAGACAGGUUUCCAGCGUAUAUGACGAACCUCAUCAUGAUGCUUUUAAUGAUCGGUGUGACGUUUGCUAUUGUAUUUGGUGUGAUUCUGUACCGGAUCUCAACCAAAGCCGCUCUGGCCAUGAGCUCGAACCCCAUGACCCGCUCCAACGUCAGGCUGACGGUCAAAACCACCGCGGCCAUCAUCAACCUGGUGGUCAUCCUCAUUCUGGACGAAGUGUACGGCGCCGUGGCCCGCUGGCUCACUGUUCUCGAGGUUCCUAAAACAGAUAAGAGCUUUGAAGAAAGGCUGAUCUUCAAAACCUUCAUCCUCAAGUUCGUCAAUGCGUUCACUCCCAUCAUAUACAUUGCGUUUUUCAGAGGCAGACUCGGGGGGCGUCCCGGAAGUUAUCUCUACGUGUUCGAGUCCUAUCGCAUGGAGGAGUGCGCUCACGGCGGCUGUCUCAUGGAGCUCUGCAUCCAGCUCAGCAUCACCAUGCUCGGCAAGCAGCUCAUCCAGAACAACCUGUUUGAGAUCGGCGUCCCUAAACUGAAGAAGCUGAUCAGAUACAUUAAAUCCAAGAGAGGCUCUUUCCAGGAAGAGGAAUAUGAGAAGAAGUUACAGCGCUAUGAGACGGAUUACUUCCUGGAGCCCUUCGUUGGCCUCACGCCCGAGUACAUGGAGAUGAUAAUCCAGUUUGGGUUUGUGACUCUGUUUGUGGCAUCUUUUCCGCUGGCGCCUCUGUUUGCGCUCCUGAACAACAUCAUUGAAAUCCGUCUGGAUGCCAAGAAGUUUGUGGCAGAACUCAGAAGACCAGAUGCAGCCAGAGGCAAAGACAUCGGAAUCUGGUAUAAUAUUCUCAGAGGAGUCGCAAAAGUGGCAGUUAUUGUCAAUGCGUUUGUGAUCUCCUUCACGUCAGACUUUAUUCCACGGCUGGUCUAUCAGUACAUGUACAGUCCAGACGGGUCGAUGCACGGCUUUCUCAACCACACGCUGUCUUACUUUAACGUCAGUCACUUCCAGAACGGCACCGCUCCACUGGAUCCGUUCCACCUGGGCUUCCAUGUGGACAUCUGCAGGUAUAAAGACUACAGAGAGCCUCCGUGGUCUCCGACACCAUACGAGAUCUCUAAAGAGUUCUGGGCUGUGUUGGCCGCCAGACUCGCAUUUGUCAUUGUCUUUCAGAACGUGGUGAUGUUGAUGAGUGACGUUGUGGACUGGAUCAUCCCAGAUAUUCCCAAAGACAUCAGCUUACAGAUCCAUAAAGAGAAGAUCCUGAUGAUGGACCUGUUCAUGAAAGAGGAGCAGGGAAAGACCCGGCUAGAGGACGGCUGUAAGGAGACGAGUCCUCUGACGCGCUCGCGCUCCGCGUCUCACACGGCCUGCAGAAACUACUAACACCAGCCGCCUCAGAGUUUCCUCGUUACAUUCCACUGACGAUCCCAGACUGCCCCAGCUCGUAUCGUACAGCUCCUCAUGCUUCGCAAAUGUGUGCUUGUGCCAUUGGUCUCUUUCAGUGAAUGCUGCCGUUACACGUGUGACCGAAAACACUUCUGUCUGUGCGAGCUCCACUUUGUGCAUCAUUCAUUACGCAGCAGUUUCUUAGCGCUGCUGGACAUUAGCAUAAACCAGAGCCGGUCAGCUCUAGUAAUCCUGGUGAGGUGUGUUUGAUGAAGGUUGUGGAGAUGUCUUCUGUCUUGUCUUGCAGGUCAAUUAUUGUCAUGGCAAAACAGUUAAACUACCUGCACUCUCAGAAAUAAAGGUACAAAAGCUGUCACUGGGGCGGUACCUUUUUUAAAAGGUACACUUUUGUACCUGUUAGGUUCAAAUAUGUACACUUUAAGUACUAAUAUGUACCUUUAAGGUACCAAAAUGGACCCUUUAGGUACAAACAUGUACCGUUUGAAAAGGUACCGCCCCAGUGACAGCUUUAUUUCUGAGAGUGUGGAGAACACAUCCAAUGUAAGGACAGACACGUUCACGAGAUAGUAACAGCUCUGUCGCCCCCUGGAGUGCUACGGUUUGUUUGACCCGUACAAAAGGCUGUUAGAUGUUUUGAUUGAAAUGUGAUAUUUCCUUUUGAUUUUCAAUCCUGAAGGUUUUGGUUGUUUUGUUUGCAGUUGUUUAUGAUUGAAAAUAUCUACUGUCUUCUAUUUAUAACAAAGCCUAAACAUGGGAGAAGUUGUAAGGGUUUUUAGACAAUUUUUGAACAAAUUGACGUCAAAAUGUAAUCGGAGGUCACAAUGAAAAUGAGAUCCUAAUAUUCAUGAUGUAUUUGGACUUUGGGAAAGCCGCAGCAGAUUUGAAGUGGACGGUCUUUAUUCGUUCUUCUGUGUUCAAACUCUCAGAUGAGCUCCAUCUCAGAAAAUAACGUUAAUGUGACGAGCCUGCUUUAAUUCUUUUAAUCAAAUGUACCUCCAUGUUUCAUGUUUUCACUCGUAUUGUAAGAUGGUCAUUUUUCCAAUGCUUUUACAUUUUUUGUACAUUUGAUGCUUUUCAUAUUUAACGGAGCCUGGUGGUAUUCAUUGUCUUUACGCUGAGCAAGCAUUAAUGUUGUGGAACAUAUUUCAUAAGACAUUAUACUUCUCAUUCACAAUGUGUUCAUAGAGUGUAACAGACUUGAAAACCAUGAAUUCCAUGUUAAGUCCAAUAAUGUCUUAGAUUUUAUACAGAAUCGAGAAGUCACCUAGACUCGUAGAUUUCUAAUGCAUCUGUAUCCUGAGAUGUGUGGCUUUGAUUAAUAUUUACAGUUUGCACCAAAUGGGCUGUACAGUACAACACUAAUGAACUGAAGGUGAUUUCAUGCACCAAAGAUAAACCGUUUCUGUGCUGAUUUAUUUUAAGGUCUUAUGCCAAACACAAAAGUCAUAUUGUUUUUUUAAGUAUGGUGUUUAUUAUUUACUGCCUUACAUGUCUACUAAAUUUUUAAUACAUGUAACUUAUAUAUUUUGUUUGCUUGCCUUAAUUUAGAAACACAAUAUGCUUUAGUUUAGUGAAUGUGUCGUUGUGUAUUGUAAUGUAACACUAAAAAGAAAUAAAGUUCCAUUUACUUUU